UUUUUCUCCCGUCUUUUGUGGAGCUAUUUCCUUCUACCCUAGGUUUCUUAUCUAUGGUUAGUGUUUGCCUUUCUUCGCGACUAAAGUUUUUGCUUGGAUUCCUUCCGCUUUCUACUGGUUAUCAGGUCCCUAGACUGCUGGUGGUGUUGUGGUUUUGAAGGUGAUUAUGGAUGGUGAGUUGGAUGAGAGAUGCGAAUAGCUCCGCUUAACUGACAACGAGUGUGUGGCGAUUAAUUUGGAGGAUGUAGUUGAUGACGACGUCGAUAAAAAGGCCAGUAUGAGCCUUAUUGGCAAACUGCUAACAAAAAAACCAUAAAACCUUAAUCAUGUGAAGAAUGCCCUAACAAGUGCAUGGCGUUUGGCAAAGGGUUUUACGUUACAGGAUAUCGGGGAAAACCUGUUUAUAUGUGAGUUCAAUUCGAUGGUGGAUAGGAAAAGGGUUAUGAUUGACGCUCCGUGGCACUUCGAUAAACAAUUAAUCCUGUUUGAGCCUUUGUGUGGGAAUUUACAGCCAAAUAAUAUGAUACUUCAAUGUGCCCAGUGUGGAUGAGAAUUUAUAAUCUGCCGUUGAACUGCAGAGGCAAGGCGGCGAUCACAAAGAUAGGGGCUAAAGGGGGUAGAGUGGUCGAAGUUUGUGACAAGGAUGGAGGCUGGAACCGUUUUGCCAGAGUUAGGUAUGAUGGAUGUAUCAAAAUCAUUAGUUAGAGGAACGAAAAGUAUUAACCCCCUUGGAGAACACUAUUGGAUUACUUUUAAGUAUGAACGUGUUCAGAAUUAUUAUUAUUGGUGUGGUCUCUUGGAUCACAUGGUUGCAGACUGUGAAGAAAAACCUGAGCAGACGAGUGUUGAUGAAUGGCCAUAUGGUCCAGGACUCUGGGCAACUCCAAGAAAGCGGAUGCUAAUUCGUGGCAGGAAUGAUGUGGGUACUCAGAAUUUCUAUGCAGAUAAAGGGUCACCAAGUGAAACUACUGUUGAUCUAAACAGUAACUUACGAGUUCGACAUAAUCUUAACAUGGAUGACGAAGAAAUAGGUGCGGAGGUUACCCAAGUUGAAAAUUUGGUAAUGAAUCAGGUACAAGGGGUGAACUCAGGGGUAGAACAACCUACUAAUCAAGAAAAUAUGGCUAGAAGUGAGGGAUUUAUAGAGGUAAAUGUGGAGCAGGCCAUGUAUUCUACAAAUAUGAUUACAAAGUUGGUAGUCAUUAACCAUGAGACAGAGAGGAAUAUGGAGCAGACAAAACAUGGUAAGAAACACUCAUGGAUUCGUACAAAAUGUCAAAGAGAGAAAGAAGGAAGCAGCUGCCAAGUAGAGAAGAAUGCUCCGACUAAAAGGCUAAUUGGCGAAGUGCAGGAAGGUUUGGGAACUGAUAACUUUUUCUCAAAGAAAGCUAAAGAUGGGUUGUCGGUUCAGUUUGAUCAAUUUGAGAUAUCGGCGGAGACUGCAAGGCAGUCUCGUCGGAUGCAAUGAAAAUCUUAUGUUGGAACCUCCAAGGUAUAGGGAAUCCUUGGACGAUACGAGCGCUCAAAUCUCUUAUUAAUUCUAAUUCCCCAGAUAUUUUCUUCUUAAUGGAGACGAAGUUAGUUUUUAGUGAAUUCACUUUUGUUAGAAGAAGUUUUGUUAAUUUUAAUUCUUAUAUUGUGGACUCUGAUGGAAGAAAAGGUGGGCUAGCAAAUUUCUGGAGGAAAAACUUGGAUGUUCAAAUAUCGAACCAUUCAAAUAAUCAUGUAGCAUUUGUUGUUAAUGAUGCCUCUAUGGAUUUUAAGUGGAAGGGUAUGGGGAUUUAUGGAUGGCCGGAGUCUACAAAUAAAUAUCAGACGUGUAAUCUGAUUCGUAGCCUGUGUGGGAAUGAAAAUGGUCCUCUUCUUGUUUUUGGAGAGUUUAACCUGUUUGUAUUUCACUAUGAAAAAGAAGGAGGUAGAUGUAGAGAGCAGCGAGAACUUGACAUGUUUAGACAAGCGUUGGAUGAGUGUGACAUCUCUGAUCUCGGUUUUGUGGGCAGCAGUUUUACUUGGUCGAAUAUGAGAAGCGGGGAGCAGAAUGUCCAGGCCAGGUUAGACAGAUUUCUAGCUAAUGAUCCGUGGCAAGAGAAGUAUGUGAAUUGGCAAGUGAAUCAUCUAGCAAAGUACAGGUCAGAUCAUUGCCCUAUUUUGUUGAGUACCAAGGGUGGCGUGAUUUCCAAACAGCCUAAGCCUUUUAGGUUUGAAAAAAUGUGGAUGACCCAUCGGCGUUUUGAUGAAGCGGUUGUUGAAGCAUGGGGGAAUUGUGGGAGCGGUGGUUUAAUGAGUAACCUGGCCUAUUGUGGUGUACAGCUGAAGUCCUGGGCAUAUCAGCCGAAGAAUAAGAUGGAAUCUCUCAAAAUCCUUCAAGACAGCGAUAAUUUUGAGGUAAAUGGGAGAGCUGUUAGGGAGCUUCAAUGCGAAAUUGGCCAAUUGUUACUUAAGGAGGAAGUGCUUUGGAAGCAACGCUCUCGGGCGGACUGGCUAAAAGAAGGAGACCGUAAUACUAAAAAAUUUCACCACAAAGCGUCGAAUCGGAGGAAAAAAAAACCAUAUUCACAGGUUGCGGGAUGAGAAUGGGAAUUGGCGAUAUGGAGAAGAUAUCUGAUGGUUGUAACAGAAUACUUUAACAACCUUUUUAGCUCUUCGAACCCGGACAAUCAAGAUGAGGUUAUCGGGGUAUUGAUUCUCAGCUGAAUGGGGACCAAAUUGAGAUGCUGCAAAGUCAGUUGGGAAGAGGAAGUCUGAACUGCUCUCAUUCAGAAUGGUACGACAAAAGCCCCUGGCUCGGAUGGUAUUAUGCCAGAGAACAUGAAUUACACAUUCGUCACUCUUAUCCAGAAGAAGGCAGACCCUGAAUCCAUGAAUAAUCUCCGUCCUAUAAGCUUAUGUACCGUGGUGUACAAGCUAGUCUCCAAAGUCAUACCAAAUCGGCUCAAAACUGUUCUCACAACAGUUAUUAAUGAAAUGAAGAGUGCGUUUGUGCCCGGGAGGUUGAUUACGGAUAAUGCGCUGGUGGCUUUCGAGAUGUUUUAUUCUAUGGCGAAACGAUCCCAAGGCAAAACGGGGUCGAUUGCUCUUAAACUCGAUAUGAGUAAGGCAUACGAUAGGGUGGAAUGGUCAUUUAUUGAGAAAGUAAUGAGGAAAAUGGUGUUUCCGGAUCAUUUCAUAAAGAUCAUCAUGGUGUGUAUUUCAUCAGUUUCGUUCUCGUUUCUAGUCAAUGGUGAACUGAGGGGUUCCUCUGAAGGUAAAACACUUUCUUUGGCGUUUGAUGCAUGGUGUACUACCUUGUAAUGUUAAUUUGGUGAAGAAGGGCAUGUUAAUCCAGAGUUUGAGUCCUUGGUGUGGGUUACAGGAGGAGACUGAUAUUCAUGCGCUGAAAGAGUGUGAUAUGAUAAGAAGGUUAUGGCUAUCCUCUCCGUUAAAUAUGAGGGCUGAUCGUUGCCAAGUUGGGUCUUUAAUUGAGUGGGUUAGUUCUAUGUUUGAUUCUCUCAAAGCUGAAGAUCUGCAGGUGUUCAUCAUGUGUUUGUGGUUGUUAUGGAACGAUCGUAAUAAUCUUGUCUUCGGAAACAAGAGGAGGACAGUGGAUAAUCUGUUUCAUGGUAUUGAAGAGAUGAUCCUUAGCCCAUGCAAGAAGAAGAAAAAUGGUGAUGGAAGAGGUAACAGUAAUGUUUGGCAGCCCCCUACUCCAAAUGGGAUCAAAGUAAACUCUGAUGCUUCGAUUUCAGUAGUAAGAAACUUGGCGGUUGUAGGUGCAGUUUGCAGGGAUAGCGCUGGUCAGGUGGUGCGUUUUGGAGUUAAAUCCAUUCAUGGUGUCGUGAACUUCGAAGCAGCUGAAGCCCAGGCUGUUUUAUUCGGUCUUCAUCAGGUUGCAACAGUUCCUGGAGCAGAGGUAAUAUGCGAAACUGUGUCCCACAUGUUGCAUAAUCCUGCAAGUGCAAUAGAUCAAACUCAACUAAUUAUUGAUGAUUGCUUAGCUUAUCCGGAAGUUCGUCCGCUUAGUUUUCGUUAUGUUAGUCGGGUUUGUAAUCAAGUUGCCCACGCCCUCGCUAAAUGGGGUGUCUUUUUUGGUCGAGAUUGUAUUAGUGACGAAAAUGUUCCUUUUCCGGUGAACGAGCUUGU